AUGAGCUGCUGUUGCGUGAUUGUUGCUAGCAGGACAGAUGGACUACUUUACAGGCACUACUUGGCUGCUAUUUUUGCAAUAGAAGAAAUUAAUCAAAGGAAUGACAUUUUACCCAACAUCACUUUGGGAUAUGAGAUUUAUAAUCCAUUAAACGGUGGUUCUGCAGCAUUAGACGGCACCAUGGCUAUACUAUCUAGGGGAUCUAAAGUUAUCCCAAACUACUCUUGUGCACAGAGAGGAUUCCUGGCUGGUUUUAUUGGAAGUCUGGGAUUUGAAUUCACCUAUUUAAUGUCUUUACUCACAGGGCUGUACCAUUACCCUCAGAUUAACAAACACUUGAGGAAGGCACAUUUUACAACAGCAUCUAAUAUGGAUAUUUCCUUUACUGAUUAUGGAGAUGUACCAGGUCACUAUGACAUAAUAAACUGGAUCCUAUCUGAAAACUCAAGUGAAAUGGCCCCUUAUCAAGUUGGAAUCUUUAACUCCUUAGGUCAUGUCGGCAGACAACUUACUGUAAAUGACAGUGCAAUCUUUUGGAGUCCCAAUUUUGGAAAAAUGCCUAAAUCAGUUUGCAAUGAACCCUGUGUACCUGGAUAUAUAAAAGCUCCUCAGGAGGGAUUUCAUAGCUGCUGCUAUUUUUGUGUGCCGUGUGCAGAGGGAGAGAUCUCCAACACAACAGAUGCAGAAAAAUGUAAAAAAUGUCCAGAAGAUCAAUGGACAAAUGCUAAGAGAACUCUGUGCAUCCUAAAGACAGUGGAAUUCCUUUCAUUUGAGGACACAUUAGGGAAAGUCCUCAGUUCAGUCUCCAUCUUCUCCUGUAUUGUCACUGUUGCUGUUCUUGGGAUUUUCAUAAAGCAUCAUUCAACUCCUGUAGUAAAAGCCAACAACCAGAACCUCAGCUACACCCUCCUCCUCUUCCUCAUGAUGUCCUUCCUCUGCGCCUUACUGUUCAUUGGACGUCCUGUGCAGGUGACAUGCCUACUUAGACAAGCUGCCUUUGGAAUAAUUUUUGCUGUUUCUAUCUCUUCUGUGUUGGCAAAAUCAGUCACUGUUGUUAUUGCCUUUAAUGCCACCAAACCUGGAAGCAAGAUAAAGAAGUGGGUGGGAUCGCGAGUGUCCAUCUGCCUGGUCAUUGUCUGCUCUCAAGGGCAGGUUGUGAUCUGCACGCUGUGGUUGGCUCUUUACCCACCAUAUCCAGAAUUUGACACUCAGUCUUACAUUGGGAAAAUCAUAUUACAGUGUAACGAGGGCUCUCUCACUGCAUUCUACCUUGUGAUAGGUUACAUAGGAUUCCUUUCUACAGUCAGUUUCAUUGUGGCCUUCAUGGUUAGGAAGUUACCUGCCAAUUUCAAUGAGGCCCAGAUGAUCACAUUCAGCAUGCUGGUGUUCUGCAGUGUUUGGAUCUCUUUCAUCCCAGCGUACCUGAGCACCAAGGGCAAAUACGUGGUAGCCGUAGAGAUAUUUGCUAUCCUGGCUUCUAGUGCAGGACUGCUGGGCUGUAUAUUCAUUCCCAAGUGCUACAUUAUAUUAUUUAAGCCUGAACUAAAUACCAGGGUACAUAUGCUAAAUAAGCACUGA